CUCUCGGGGUUCUCUCGGUCUCCCUGCUCGCCGCCUCUUGCGCUGCUUUCUUCCGUCCUUCAGAGAGAGAGAGAGAGGCUCCACCGCACGGCAUGGAGGAAGGCGAGUGCGCCCUGGGCGCCGCCGCGAUAGGCGAGGAAACCCUAAACUACGACGGCGAUGACGUCGAGAUGGCCGACGCGGAUUCGGACGCGGAGGAAGCCCCCGCAGCUGAAGUCUCCGCCGCCGCCAGAGGAGUAGGCGGCGGCGAUCUGGCGGAGAAGUGCGGACCAGAGGGUAAGAAUAAGAGGAAGAAGAAGAGGAACAAGGGGAAAAAGAAGAACAAGGGGAGGAAGGACGGGCCGCCCACCAGCAUAGGCGGCAUUAAUAAAUUUGUUAAUGACACUUGCAAGCUCUUGAAGGAGAAGAAGUCGUACCUUGUCUGGGAAGCUGUUGGCUGCCUUGGUGUCACUGCUGUCAGUGAUCUUGUCAGAGAGGUGGAGGCUAUUCAGAAGUGUGGUGGCCAGACUGUUGCUGAUGGAAGCCGUUUUCGCACUGGUGGUGGAAUUCUCUGGAACAUCUUAAAGUCGCGGGAACCCAAGGCUUACAAGAAAAUAAUGGCAAAGGGGAAGGAACUUGAGAAGCAGUUUAGGUAUACAAAACGACCACAGAUGAGCAGAAAUGAAGAUGCAAGUUCACAGGGCAGUGCAUUAAUUGAUGAUGAAAUCGAAGAGCAAGAGCAAAAGGAAGUGUUGGAUGGUCCUGAGCAGUUGGACGAUGCGGAGAAGUCAACUCCAUCAGACAAUAAAGCUCAACGCAAACCACUAGCGGACAGAAUUCGUGUUCCUGUUGCUUAUGAUGAUCUAUUUGAAGAGGGAGAGAUACACGAAGGAGAACCACAAAAUGGUAGCAUUUGAAAGAUUUGCCCCGACAUGAAAUGCGAGCUGACCAUAAUGGCAAGAGGACAUGUAUGAACUAGUGAACCAUCACUGCAGUGUAGCAAUUUUCCCCCUAACAUGAUCCCCCGUGGUCUUGCAGUGAUGUGUGUGACGGAUGAGAUUUUUUGUUGCGCCAAGAACCAAUGAUGCCUGAAUUCAAUGUUCAAUGCAAAUCGUGGUUAUACAAGUAUACUGGUGUAUAAAUGUGUUUUUAUCA